CUUCGCAUAGUAUGGGGGGCUAAUUACAUCUUGCUUGCUUGCCUUCCUUCACCUUCGUCGAGUUUGAUGGUCCCUUUUUCCUUGCGCAACCUAUUUCACUUCAUUUCAAUACGCCUGCACAGAUCCCUCUCUGGUACCCUUCUCGAUGAUCGCUAUCUCUUCAUGGAGUGCCUUGGUACUGGCAGCACUGGCAAGGUCUACAAAGCGAUUGAUGUAACGAUGAGCAAGGACAAACCUCCUUGUUUUGCUCGUGGUCCAUUCGAGGCCAGUUUCCAGAUGCGCGAGUUUCUUAUUCAUCACGCUGCUUCUCGCCACCGCAACGUCGUCACUCUGCACGAAAUCAUCGUCAAUGAACCCCAUGUCUACGUUGUCCUCGACCUAUGCGACGGCGGCGAUAUGUUCUACACCAUUAUCGCAAAGGACUACUUCCCUCAGCGGACGGACCGAGUCAAAACUGCCUUUCUGCAAAUCCUCGAUGCCCUGCACCACUGUCAUCAAUGCGGCAUCUUCCAUCGUGAUGUCAAACCGGAGAAUAUCCUAUUUUCCGGGGAUCGUUCUCAGGCGUACCUUGCGGACUUUGGCUUGGCGACGCUGGAGCCUUAUUCAGGUGAGCACGGGUGCGGUAGCCUGCAGUUUAUGAGUCCCGAGUGCAUCGGCAAGGAAUUUGGCUUUCAGAACAAACUUUAUUCAACGCGAGCCAACGAUACUUGGGCCCUUGGCGUGCUUCUGAUGAACAUGAUUACGGCUUGUGUACCGUGGAUAGCGGCGAAGACAAGGGACGCGCAUUUCCGGGCCUAUCUUGACGACGAUGACUAUUUCUUGUCCGUUCAACCCAUCUCGGAGGCCGCAAACAACAUUCUCAAGAGGAUCUUUGACCUCGACCCUUCAUCGCGUAUCUCCCUCCCAGAGCUCCGUAACGAAAUUGUCGCCCUCGAUACUUUCUUUUCUCCGGCUCGCGAUCCCGUCACCGGUGAAUCUAUGCCUAUCGAACCUGACAAGACAUCGCCUCGUAAUUCAGCUGGCCUUCGUUUUGAUUACGCUCCGCUCUCCGCUCCAGGGCCGUCUGCUGUAGAGUCCUCGGUCCUCGCCGUUCCUGAUGCAGACCAUUCACUGACGUCCGCGGCGAGUAGUAGUAUGGGGCCAAUAACGCCCGAGACACGUGCCGAUGUGGUCCAGGUUAAGAUUAAGGAAGUGCCGGGUAUUAUUCCUCCUGGGAACGAGGUGUUGGAACCGGUGGGACCUCGAGAAGCCGACAUGGAUUCGAAAAGUGGUGCCGAAGAGUAG